AUGCCGCUGCGCAUGGUCACGGCGGACGUGCUGCAGAGCGGCGCGCAGUACAUCGCGCACCAGUGCAACUGCAGGACCCGCCACGCCAAGGGCUUGGCGGCCGCCGUCUUCGCGCGGCACCCGCGCGCGGACACCUACGCGGCGGGGAGGCCGCGAGAGGUGGGCACGCUGGACGUAUUCCCCCCGACGGCCGCGGGGCCCGGCGUCAUCAACUGCAACGCCCAGGACGGCCCCGGGCGCCCGCGGGGGAGCGACUCGGCCCUGCGGCGGCUCGAGUGGUUUCGCCAGUGCUUGCGGGCAAUCUCCAGAAUUGAGGGCAUCCUCAGGGUCGGUGGCCUUCCCGCACCUCAUCGGCUGCGGCCUCGCCGGGGGCAGCUGGGCGGACUACGAGCAGGCGCUGGCGGAGUUCGCGGCCUCCCACCCCGCCCGUGGACGUCCUCGUCUGCAAGCUCCCGGACGCCGCAGCGGCCGCGGAGGCGCCGGCGCCCAAGCGGCGGCGGAUGCAGUGACCGCGCCACGGAGGGGCGGCGGCCGCCGUCGCCGGCCGCACUUCGGUCUGCAUCCAUGCGGACGGAAGCGGCCAUGGCCUGGAAUUGUUCAGGAUAG